GCAUUAAUACGGCAUAAUGUUGUGGUUAUUCUUAGCAGUUAUUAUUCUGGAGACAGCAAUAGCGGGGACGUUUCAGCAAAAUGAAUAUUCGACGAUAAAACGAGGCUGGACUGAAAUGUCAAUAUAUUCUACGACGAAGAAGCAUAACGUGAAGUUCGAUUACAAAAUAUGUUUGGAUUCAAUGCCUUAUUACAUCGAGGCAACAGCUAACCCCAAAUACAGUACAGGAGUGGAGAAAUUUAAUGUUACUGUUGUACAAAUCAAUUUUUACAACGCUGUCUUGGAACUGGAACGAAUCGAUCAAGAUUCGGGAUGGGAGGACAUGCUUUUCACUGUGCAGUGGACGAUCUACCAUAUCUCAGAUUACAUCACUUCCAUGGCCACAGUGCAAUACCGUGUGGACUACGAAACGGAUCUGAAUGUCUCAGAAACAUUUAAUGUAUCAGCAGUUUAUGGUCAAGGUCUAUCAUCGUUACCAUCAUUACAAAGCAAUCCUCAAUUGCAACCACGUCUGUCACAAAAAAGACAAAACGGUCACAGGUUUUUGCUGUUUGAAAACAAGCUCAGUCGAUUGGUUACCAACCUUAAUCUGAAUAAAAAACAAGGAGAGAAUGACCUCUUUACUGUGUUUAUAGUUUACAGGCUGGAUGCAGUGAUGCCUCCAGGUAGUUAUGAUUGGAUUGGUCUUUUUGGUAUAGACAACUUAGGUUAUGAUAAAUAUAUUGGACUGGCAAGCGACAAAGUAGUUGUAUCAGGAACAUUGGGUAACAGCAUUAAAAUUACUUCUACUCGGAUCAACGCCAACCCAAGAGCACUUCGUGUCUGGAAUGUUCUUAGUGUCCAGUGGAAUGUAGAUGGUGGUGUCGAUGCAAGCAGUGUGUGGUGUAACGGGAAGUUACUUCAAAGAUUUCAAGCCAGGACAUCUGCAUCCGAUACAAGAUUUACAAUUGGGGACUUGUUUCCAAGUGGCAGACGCUCCUUCCGAGGAGCGAUUGGUGAAUUCGUGCUUUUUAAAAGUAUCGUUAUAACCGAUGAGGUAAUGAAAAAGUAUCAGUUACACUUCAUUCACAAAUGGGGAAUCACGGCUGAUCCAAUACCAGUUUAAUUGCAGUUA